AUGAGUGACGGCCUCAACAAGCUAGCGACGGCGUUGACCAUCUCGCCAAUCACCUACCUGUUUAAGGCCUUCCGAGUUUUGGGUCUUCGCUCAUUCGAUGUGGAAGGCAGGGAGAUACUGCUCAAAGCGCUGGAAGAGCCCUCAGCCAGGACCGGAAGCGGAGUGACAGUCAGAGAUGGAGAAAAGGGGGAAUUACGGAGACUACUGGGCAGUGAGGAUGUAUCGAACCACAACUCAGUUGUUGACGACCCCUUGAUAUGGUCAAUCCUCCCCACUACUAACUACUUCCCAUUUGCUUCACCAACUUUCGUAUCUAGGAAUAACAGGUGGACACUAGGCGCAUCAGACAUCAUGUUCACCAAACCUCUGCACCGGAAAUUCUUCACCGCCGGUCAAGUCAUCGAGACACAUAGAGGCAAAGGAGUCUUCCAACCAGCGAUUGACCAAGCAGUCAAGCUGUUACAGCAGGGUGAAUGGAUACACAUUUUCCCGGAAGGUAGGGUGAACCAGCCCAAGUUUAAUCCCGAGGGCGGGUUGUUCCGAUUCAAAUGGGGAGUCGGGCGGAUCAUCAUGGAUAGUAAGAUCAUGCCCGAGAUCAUCCCAAUAUGGAUCUCAGGGUGCGACCAGAUCAUGAAUGAAUAUCGAGGCUUCCCUCGGCCUAUUCCUCGUCCGGGCGGUCGUGUCUCUAUGACGAUCGGCGAGCCUAUCACUCACAAGAUCCAGCCGCUCGUCGAUCGGUGGAGGGAGCUUGCAGCGGAGGAGAAGGGGACGCUGGGCGUGGGCGGAGAUUGGCAUCCCGACGAGAAGGACGCUGGAGGUCUGGACCAUGGCGGGAGGUUACAGGAGGAUAGCAGGCAGCGGGAGGUCCGAGGUAGUGGUCAGCUGGCGCAAGGACGGGAGGAAGAGGUCAGGAAGCAGAUCGUGGGAAUAUUACAAGAGGAGGUGAGGAAGUUGGGCGAGAGAGUGGAGAGGAAAGAAGGAAGAUUUGAGAGGGGUGAGUGGACCCAGUCGAGAAAGAUGAGCGAGCGGGAUGAGGAUAUUAGACAGGUAUGA